AUCCUCUUUUCUCUUUUUUCUUUUCCCAUUUGCAAGAAAAACAGCUUUACGUUUUCGGAUCGUCUUCCUUUCAUUUUCUCUCUCCUAAACUCACCCUACCAAACAUUCCUUCAUCACUUAAAUCCUUACUUCUGGCUCUGGAUCGAAUCUUCGUUCUCUAUCUUCAAUUUUCAUGGCGGAUAGAGGAUCUAUUAAUCCUGGAAUUCGUCUAGAUAUUCAACAACUACAAUUGGAAGCACAACAUCGAUGGCUGCGACCAGCUGAAAUAUGUGAAAUUCUGAGGAAUUACCCAAAAUUUCAAAUUUCUACUGAACCUCCAAACCGCCCUUCAAGUGGGUCACUCUUUCUCUUUGACCGAAAGGUUUUGAGAUAUUUCAGGAAGGAUGGCCAUAAUUGGCGAAAGAAAAAGGAUGGAAAGACUGUCAAGGAAGCUCAUGAGAAGCUAAAGGUGGGAAGUGUUGAUGUGUUGCAUUGCUACUAUGCCCAUGGCGAAGAUAACGAAUUUUUUCAGCGGCGCAGCUACUGGUUGCUAGAAGAAGAGUUCAUGCAUAUAGUCUUUGUGCAUUACUUGGAAGUGAAGGGUAACCGGAACAACGUCAGAGGGACUGAACCUGUUAUUUCAACUUCCCAGAUUAGUAACUCUAUGUCGAGCAGUGUUUCAAACAGUUAUAAUGAUGCUUUUACUGGAAAUGCUGGAUCACCAAGUGCAGUUAGCUCUUUGACUUCUUCGUAUGAUGAUUUUGAAUCUGAGGAUAAUCACCAGGCAAUGUCAAAGUACCCUUCUCUAAAUUUCUCAACCGUAGAAGACAGAUUUGAAAACAACAAGAUGGGUCCCCUCUUGAGCUCUAACUUUCUGCAAACAUUCCCUGAGGAAUAUAAUGGGGUUCAGCCUUUGGAUUAUGUUUCACUUGUUCAACAAGAUGUUGGAACUAAUGAUGAUAAUCAGUUUAAGACACUGGACUUGGCAUCAUGGGAAGAGGUCUUUCAACAGAGUACUAGAGGCCCAGGAAAUCUACAGGUUAAUCCAUUGAUGUCUGUGGCUCCUCUUGUGGGAAGCACUGGGGAUCACAAUGAGAACAUCAGCCAGUUUUCGGAUGUUGGCUUAGGUUUCAAUGCUGUAGCAGGAGGUUCUUUACCUCCGUACUUUCCGAGUAUCAACCCAUUAGAACUUUCUAGCACGGAAUUUCAAGACAAUACAAAUGUUUCUUGUACUGCAAAGCAGCAAUUGCUGGGGAACAUUAUUGCAGGGGAAGGCUUGCAAAAAGUUGAUAGUUUCUCUAAAUGGAUGUCUAAGGAAUUAGCCGGUGUAGAUGACUUAAAUUUGAAGUCGUCUUCUGAUUUUUCAUGGCAAAAUAUUGAAAGUACUGCUUCUGUUGAUGAUCCCUCAGUACAACUUGAGAACUACUCAGUGAGUCCCUCAAUUGGCCAAGAUCAGCUUUUUGACAUUCAAGAUUUUUCACCAAGUUGUUCUUCCACCGACACUGAAACUAAGGUUGUGAUCACAGGAAAAUUUUUGGUGAGUCCCACUGAGGUGUCCAAGUAUAAUUGGUCAUGCAUGUUUGGGGAAGUUGAGGUUCCUGCUUUAGUUCUUGGUAAUGGUGUUCUCUGUUGCCAUGCGCCAUUACACAAAGCUGGACGAGUCCCUUUCUAUGUAACCUGUUCCAAUAGGUUUGCUUGUAGUCAAGUGCGAGAAUUUGACUAUAUUGUAGAUAGUCAAAAGGCGAAAAGUACAAAUGUUUCUGGAAACAGUAUGACAGAGGAGCAGCUAUGGAUCCGGCUUCAUGAACUACUGUCUCUUAAAUCUCCAGGGAAUUUUGAUUCUACAUCUGAGAGUUUUAGAAAAAUGGAGCCGGUAUUUAAAAAAAUUCUUUUAUCAAUGGAAGAUGAGCUCUGUGUGGGGGUUGAACAACAACUGAAAGAGAAAGUGGUCUCCUGGCUGUUUGACAAGGUAAAUGAAGAUGGAAAAGGACCAAAUGUACUUGAUAAACAGGGGCAAGGGUUGAUACAUCUGGCUGCUGCACUUGGUUUAGAUUGGAUUAUCCCCCCUACUGUAGCUGCUGGUGUUAGUGUGAAUUUCCGGGACAUAUGCGGCUGGACAGCACUUCACUGGGCUGCAUUUUGUGGAAGAGAGACAACUGUCGCUCUUUUAGUUGCGCUUGAAGCUGCAUCAGGAGCAGUUACAGAUCCUUCUCCAGAAUUUCACUUGGGUCGAACUGCUGCCGACUUAGCUUCAGCUAAUGGAUUCAAAGGAAUAUCUGGUUUCCUUGCAGAGCAUUCUUUGACUGCUCACCUUGAGACCCUUACAAUGACUGAAGAUUCUAUAAGCAAAGCUGUACAAACAAUGAGAGAGAAGGUGGCAACUCCUGGCAAUGAAGGUGAUGGGUCCGAUUUGUCACUAAAGGAUUCCUUAGCUGCUGUUCGCAAUGCCACACAAGCUGCUGGUCGUAUCCAUCAAGUUUUCAGGAUGCAGUCCUUCCAAAGGAAGCAUGUCAGUAAGGGUGGUGCACCUGCUGAUGAUGAUUUGUUCAGUGAUGAACAAUUUCUUUCACUUCUAUCAUCUAAGAUUCAGAGGCCUAGACACCCUGAUGAGCAAGCCCAUUCUGCUGCGGUACGUAUCCAGAAAAAAUUCCGUGGAUACAAGAAGAGGAAAGAAUUUCUGAUUAUUCGUGAACGAGUUGUUAAAAUCCAGGCCCAUGUUAGAGGUCACCAGGUUAGAAAACGAUAUAAAACUGUAGUAUGGUCUGUGGGAAUACUGGAGAAAGUAAUUCUGCGGUGGAGACGGAGAGGGACUGGACUACGAGGGUUCCGUCCUGAUGCCCUCAACAAGCCAUCCAGCACACAGGAAACGCAAGACGUACAAAAGAAUCCUUCUGAAGAUGAUGAUUAUGAUUAUUUAAAGGAAGGAAGAAAGCAAACGGAAGAACGGCUAAAAAAAGCCCUCGUGAGGGUGAAGUCCAUGGUUCAAUAUCCCGAGGGAAGAGCACAGUAUCGAAGGCUUCUCACUGCCGUAGAAGGCUUUCAAAAGAAUCAGCAGGUGCACGGAAGCGUCUUGAACAGUUCAGAAGAUCUACCAGUUGAAGGUGAAGAGGACAUGAUUGAUGUCGAAAGCUUACUGGAUGAUGACAACUUCAUGGCUAUUGCAUUUGAAUAAUUGGCUCAUAAUUUUUUCGCCCUAAUUUGCAACUUGUACAUAAAGUGAAGUGUCUACACCUUAAUUGGACGAAAGGUAAUAGUUUCUCAUGUAAAUAAUAAUGAGUAUAAUAUUAAUUAGGAGAAUAUUUAGAAGACUGAUGUGUAGAAUGCAGGCAUUUUCCGGUUUGACACCAUAGAUUAGAAGUAAAAAUCAUCUGAACAACAUCGAAUAUGUUGGAUAUUCGAAUAACUCUGUAAUCUAGUUCUGUUGUCUAAAUUAUUGCUCUUUUAAUCUUCUGGAAA